AGUUGCAGGGCGACUACAUCGACCCCAGUGGGCCACGUUAUCAAGCGGUGAAUGUAUUGUAGCGUUCAGGGUCGUCCCUGACGGUGCCGAAGUGAAGAAAACCUGUCUUCUGUUUAACUGUCGCGAGAUGACUGAGCACGGUACAUUUCACUCCACUCAAGCGAAAAUUGAGGUUUUGUCCACUCUAAUCCCCUUCGUCAACAGACGCAGACCAUCACAACACACUACCCGGAUAUGGCCACUAAGGAGCCUUCAUCUUCUGACGCGGUGCUUCUCCUCGGCAUCGCGGUAACUUCACCUACCGUCAUUGUCAAAGUCGGUGCUGAAGGCAAGGAGUACAUCCUACAUACCGAACUCCUUAAGCACCACUCCGGCUGUUUCCGCGGAGCACUAUCCGGCGUAUUCAGGGAAGCUGACGAUAGUAUUAUGCCCAUUACCGAUAUAGAUACCGACGCAUUCGAAUCCUUCGUCGACUGGAUAUACCGCGGUGCACUAAACACGGUGCUGCGACCCGGUUCUCCCAAAGCUGACAAGGAUUCCUCCCUCUCAAAUCGAACUUACAUUCUAGCAGAUCGACUCCUCGUCCCCGGGCUGAAGUCAGCGCUUAUGGAUGAUUACUUCGAUUUUUUUCCUUCGCCCAAAGGUGGCGAUACCGCCAUGCUGCAGGAUCACUGAACUCUUCAGCGAUUUGCCUGAGCCGGAACCAUUACUACGGUUUGUGGUGGACAUAUGGGUUACUCGCAAGGCGGUUUUCCACAUGAUCAAAUGUGA